CGCAGACACAGAAGAAAACAUCCACAGCUCGGCCACCCAUUCAGCUGGAGGAUCGGCCUGAAGAAAUUCAUGGAAAUAAAAUAGAAAUUCAUUCCCUUUGCUUUUUAUUUUUUGUUUUCUGAUCACAGCCAAGCCAUUGGACUUCAAAAUGGCUGAGAUGACUAAUUUAAAACCAACCUAUGAUGUGUCCCCAGUACUUGCGGGUUUUCUGGGUGCGGGGGUCUUGGUCGUCUCCGUGACGGUGGCCGUUUUCCUCUGGACGUGCUGUCAGCGGCGAUAUCGUCAAAUGACAGGCGCGUACAAGCUGACCAGCGGCCCCUACGACCCACCCGUUGACCCCCCCUACAAGUUCAUCCACAUGCUCAAAGGCAUCAGCAUCUACCCCGAGACCCUCAGCAACAGCAAGAAGAUCGUACGGGUGGGCCGGCGCUCAGGAUCGGGCUCCCUGUUGAGAGAAUGGGGUCGUGGGUCUCGAAACGGCGACGUGCUUCUUGUGGAUGCAGAUCCUGAAGGUGGUACCCCACACCUUCAGAUGAACCACCUGGUACCUCCUGUGGGACCUCCCAGACUGGAGAGGGCACUGCCCAUCCGGGCCGACUACUGCUGUAUGGAGAGCAGCUCUGGAAGCAGCAGCGAAGCACCCAGUAAGACGGCGUCGCCCCACAGUCUCGACUCCCCCUCUCUGGGAACGCUCAGUUUGGCCGUCGACUACAACUUCCCCAAGAAGGCUCUUGUCGUGACCAUCGUAGGAGUGCAGGGGCUCCCCGCGGUGGACGAACAGGCGGGUAGCUCCGACCCCUACGUGAAGAUGACCAUUCUGCCUGAGAAGAAGCACCGGGUGAAGACGCGUGUCCUGAGGAAGACUCUGGAGCCCGUGUUCGACGAGAUGUUCACCUUCUAUGGCAUGCCCUACAGCUUGCUGCCCGAGCUCUCGCUGCACUUCCUGGUGCUCAGCUUCGAUCGCUUUGCGCGGGAUGAUGUCAUCGGGGAGGCGGUGGUGCCGCUGGUGGGUGUGGAUCCCAGCACGGGACGGGCGCACAUCACCCAGCAAAUCAGCAAGAGGAACACGCAGUGUGAAAGUCGUGGGGAGCUGCUGGUCUCUCUGUCCUACCAGCCUGUUACUCACAGGCUUAAUGUGGUAGUCCUUAAGGCCAAACACCUGCCAACCAUGGACAUCACUGGCCUGUCAGGCAACCCUUAUGUUAAAGUGAAUGUCUUCUACGGCCGCAAGCGCAUAGCCAAGAAGAAGACGCAUGUGAAGAAAUGCACACUCAAUCCCGUUUUCAAUGAAUCAUUUAUCUACGAUGUUCCCGCUGAGCUAAUGCCGGACAUCUCUGUGGAGUUUCUGGUCAUUGAUUUUGACCGCACCACGAAGAAUGAGGUCGUGGGUCGCCUGGUUCUGGGUGGUCAGAGUCCUAUUCCAUCAGGGGUGACUCACUGGAGGGAAGUCUGUGACAACCCAAGGCGGCAGAUUGCCAAGUGGCAUAACCUUAUAGAGUACUAGUGUCUGGCUAACACAUGGGGAAAGCAAAAUGUAUUCCUUCCUUCCUGUCAGCCCCUCUAUAGAAAGAUGCCCAUUUAACAGUCUCUCCUUUUCCCUGUACAGAUAGGUGUAUGAGAGGAUAAGUAUGUGUGUCAGGACGUAAGACCAGGAAAAGACACUUAGAAUGUUCUCUAAUGAACUCGUAGCAAAAAAGACUCAUACGUCAUAGCAAAACAAAAAACAGAGGAAAAAAAGCAAAAAUAACCACGUCAGUGUGGUUUUUGGCUCUGAUUAAAUAACGCUAAAGUCAAUUAUAAGAGAAUUAUACCCAUAUGAGAGUUAUACCACAGUAUCCUCAGAGCUUUUUACCAGUAUACCGGCAUAUUCACAGUAUACAUACACUACUUUCAAUUAGCCGCAUGCUAGAGCUAGUGAGACACUUUUAUUUUUAGGAUGAAGGAGGGUUGUAUGAAAAAGUGAGUUUUAAAGUCCACUUUUUAAGAAAAUAAUGGGGUGUGUUUUGAUAGUGUAGGAUAAAAAUGGAUGAAAAGUGAUAUAUAAACUGGACACCAUCAUGAGCAUUUUUGCUAACAUGCUAAUAUUUACCACAGAAGACAAGGUUGAAAUAUGGCUAUUAUUCAUAUCCAGCUAAAAUGUAAUGCUUAAUCUUUUAAUGACGCUGAAAUUGAGAUGAAAAUUCUCUGGACAAAAUAAAACUCCAAAUGCCAGUUAAACAAAACCUGAUGUUAAGGCAGUUUUCAGCCAACCACCAAAUGAAAAUUAGAGACCGUCGGCUGAGGAUUAAAAAUGAAUUUGAUUCAUGAAAACACUCUGAUGUUCCAUAUAGUAAAGACAGUCUACACUUUCCCCGUUUUUAUGCUGUAGCUACUUUAUUUAUUGUAGCUGUACUUAUACAUUAUUGUUCAUUUCUCCGUCUUAAUGACUUGGACAAAGCACUUCUAUGACCUAUGUGUUGUCGGCGUAUCUCAACAUAUCUACUAUUCAUUGAUUUAAAUUAAAUUUUGUUUUCCUUUAGGCAUAUCUAUGCACAUUUCCAUUGUACUGCAAAGGAUGUUUUGACCCAGUUGCUGUGCUAUACCAUAGCAUAGAGAUCAGGGAAGGUUUGGUUAAAAACGUUGGAGGGAAACACUGAUAAAACAACAGUAAAACUCAAAUGUGACAGAUAUUAGUAUAUUUACGUAUUGUUGUCAAAUUUGUUCAUUUUACAUGUACUGUACCUAACAUCACAGUUUCUAUUGCCAUCAGACAUGUUUUUAAGGCCACACUUAAUACAACUAAUUCUUAACAUCUUUGGUCACAAUGUACAUAAUGUAUCAUAGGCCGUAACACCGGUACUCUUCAGUUUCUUUUUUCAUAGUGCAAUUGAAUAUCGCCAAAUAUACAUUUGAACUUUUGACUUACAAAUGGUGUCAUGGAAAUAACUAGCCACCCCAGUUUAUUUACUUCAAUAAGUUUGGCUCUAAGCCCGUCUAUCCUCUAUUCUAUGAAUUAUAGCUGAGAUAUAUGCAGAUUCAGACCAAUUUUUGCACUUUCGUCGAGUACUGUAUUUAUUUUUAUGAUUUGUGUUCAAAAGAAAAAAAAA